AGACACACUCCUUUUCCUUUUUCAUUCUAGACGCGCCCAAGAACUGAAAACAUUUUUCUUUUUGCUGUUCAACCACCGCAAUGGCUUCCGCUUUCUCACUGCAGAUGGUCCAUAGCCCACGCCUUGCUUCCCAGGGUCAAGUUGUUUCAAAUGCGUAUAGGCCGCGAAAAGCAAAUUCAUGGUCUGGUUACUCCCAAGGUCGAAUUUUUAACUCUCUCGGAAGAGCCUUGACAUCGAAACUAAACUAUGCACCAAGUUUCCCUGUUACCCAAGUUCCUAAAUCUUCUUCGGUUAAGUAUCGGAGAAUGGUUUGCAAGUCCAUGGUCAAUGAAGUUGAAUUACAAGCAGAAGUGACAACCAAGUGCUUCUUUGAUGUCGAAAUUGGAGGUGAAACUGUUGGUAGGAUUGUGAUUGGUCUUUUUGGGAAUGUUGUUCCAAAAACUGUUGAGAACUUCCGUGCCCUCUGCACAGGGGAGAAUGGGUAUGGUUACAAAGGAUGCUCCUUUCACCGUAUCAUUAAAGAUUUCAUGAUCCAGGGUGGUGAUUUUACUAAUGGAGAUGGAACUGGUGGAAAGAGUAUUUACGGAUCCAUGUUCAAAGAUGAGAGCUUUGCCUUGAAGCAUGUUGGACCUGGAGUAUUAAGCAUGGCUAAUGCAGGUCCUAAUACCAAUGGGAGCCAAUUCUUCAUUUGCACAGUAAAGACUCCAUGGCUAGAUAAUCGACAUGUCGUUUUUGGGCAUGUUAUUGAUGGAUUGGAUGUUGUGCGCAAACUGGAAUCCCAAGAGACGAGCAGGUCGGAUAGCCCAAAGUUGCCAUGCAGAAUUGUUAAUUGUGGAGAGCUGCCGAUAGAAGGCUAACCCAGCCUGUUCAUGUAACCACAAAAACAAGUAAUGCACAUUUUAAUAUUGCUUUUUUUUUUCCUGCAGCAGGAUGACUUUACCUGGUAAUAUGUGAUUUCUAUGAGAAUUUUGGAUUUAUACUCUGUAAGCUCUUGCCAUGAGCCCAGGACAGUGUUGUUCUUAUCAGUUUUAGGGCGAUACAAGCCUGCAGAUUUUAUCAAAGCUCUGCUCUUAAUGGAACAUCUGAUUUUGCUAA